UACUGGCACGCACGACAGCCGGAGCGGCCGGUACUCGGCGCGAAGCGUGACACACAAGUGUGUGAGAAGAGAGAGAGGGAAGGAGGAGGCGAGCAGGGGACCGUGCUGCCCUCUGUGCUGAUGGACAAUAAGGAUAUUUAACCGCACGCCCGGGGAGCGCACAGACACCGCAGUCCAUGCCUCUGCCUUGCCAGGUCAUUGAUGGGAAAUCAACUGGAUCGGAUCACCCACCUCAACUACAGCGAGCUGCCCACGGGGGAUCCGUCCGGGCUGGAGAAGGACGAGCUUCGGGUCGGCGUCGCCUACUUCUUCUCUGACGAAGAGGAGGAGGUGGACGACCGCACUCCGUCUGACUGCGGCUUCACCAAGGACCACAGCCCGGCCGAGGAGGGACCGUUCUCGGUCAGCGAGGUGGAGUACUCGGCGUUCUGCUCCCAGGAAUGCAUCUUCUCCAAGCUGCGGGAGAACGAGGACCUGAACGUGUACUCGGCCAAAACUUUGCUGACUAUGUGCAAACCGGGGGACCUGCUGGAGCUGGUGGGCACGGCGCAAGCCCCCCACUGGGCCAUCUACGAGCAGGACGACCGGGUCAUCCACCUGCACAAGGGCGAGAUCCGCAAGGACCGCCUGCUGGAGGUCAGCCUGGGUCGCCGCGGGAGGAUAGUGAACAGUCGGUACCGGUACCGGCCGCUCCCGCCGGACCUGGUGAUGCAGAACGCCGCGGGACACCUGGGCCUGCGCAGCGAGGAGACCUGCUGGACCAACUCGGAAAGUUUCGCGGCGUGGUGUCGCUUCGGCAAGCGGGAGUUCAAAGCCGGGGGGGAGGUGCACUCGGCGGAGCAGCAGUAUUUCCUCAAGGUGCACCUGACCGGAAGCGGGGUGCACACGCUGGUCUUCCGCAGCCUGGAGGACAUGAUCCGGGAGCGGAGGCGAGUGGACGCCAGCGGGAUUCUCAAAGAGCUGUCCCUGGUGAACGGGGGCCAGGAGUGAUCAGGGAUUCCGUUUGAUAUAUCCCCCCCCACCCUACACCCCCCCAGCCAGCCUCUCCCCCAUCUGCCCCCCCCCAUCAAGCUGCCUCGUCUCCGCCAGCGCGCACGGACGCACAGUUUCUUUUUCUGCGCACACACAAGCACACAGACGCGCACGCACAUGCAAAAAAAAACAAAACAAAAGGACCUGUUGGGUUGUUGGACUGUCUGCUGUGUCACGCACGGACCC